GUGUGGUUUAAUAGAUAUCUAAUUAAGUUGCGAUUUAAUUAGAACCAUAUAUCAUCUGAAAGCUGCAACAGAAAGUAGAGAUCGAAAUCUGAGGAAAGAUGGCUGCUAACACUUGCUGCCAUUUUCUGGUUGCUUGCUUAUCGAUUUUGUGGGCAACUACAGAAGCUCAAAUAUCGAAGGGUUCAAAGAGAUCAUCCGUUCCGGCGAUUUUCGUAUUCGGAGACUCCACGGUGGAUCCAGGGAACAACGACUUCAUAGAGACUCCCUUCAGGAGCAAUUUCCCGCCGUACGGGAGGGACUUUCCGGGCCGGAUUUCCACCGGAAGGUUCACCAAUGGCCGCCUCGUCACUGAUUAUGUUGCUUCACAUUGGGGUAUCAAAGAGAACGUGCCGCCAUAUUUAAACUCGUCGCUUGGUAUGGAGGAGCUGAUGACUGGUGUCAGCUUUGCCUCCGCCGGCUCCGGCCUCGACCCUCUGACCGCUCAAAUUUCAGGUGUGAUAACAAUGACAGAGCAACUGGAAUACUUCGAAGAGUACAUAGCAAGGCUUGAGGUUGCAAUCGGCGUGGAAAGAGCGCACAACUUGAUCAAGAAGGCGGCCUACGUCGUCAGUGUCGGCACAAACGACUUUGUUGUGAACUAUUUCGGCCUCCCCACUCGUCGCCUCACCUACACCCUUGCUGCCUACCAGGACUUCUUGCUCCGAAACCUCCACCAAUUCAUUCAGGGCCUGGCCGACAAGGGAGUUGAGAAAAUGGGACUGGUCGGCCUGCCUCCGAUGGGCUGCUUGCCGUUGGUUAUCACCCUCCAAUCGCCUCGCUUGCUCCGCGGCAGUGGCUGCGUCGAGUCGAUAUCCGCCGUCGCGAGAGAAUACAAUCAAAUGCUACAAGACAAAUUCACCCUCAGCCCAAAUGGCCGGCCCCGGAUCGUCUACGCCGACAUCUAUACUCCCUUGCACGACAUCAUCCAACGACGCGAGUUCGGUUUCGAUGUGGUGAGUAGAGGCUGUUGUGGGAGCGGCCUGCUAGAGGCGUCGUUCCUGUGCAACGAGGGAUCGGACGUUUGCGCCGACGCCUCGAAGUUUGUGUUUUGGGAUUCGAUACACCCGACUGAUAGAGUGUACUACUUCUUGUUCAAGUCCCUGAUUCCCGUCGUUGAAAUCUUUCUCCAGCCCUAACGCACUCUGAUCAUUUAGCUCAACGGCGUCUGUUCGAGUUGCGUACGAUGUUACAAGUGCUAGCAUCUGUACAAGAACUUAAAUCUUGUCUAGGUGAGUGACGAAUAAGGAUUUAUUUGAACACUUGCUGCACUUAUCUUUCGGGACGUGGGGUCAUAAAUAUAUUUUUAAAUG